GCAUUGAAACCCGACGUACGGUGACGGAAGAGCGCGACGACGACCACCUGCCUGUGUGCUCGCAAGUCGAUCUCUUUCCCUCUCUCUCUCUCUCUGUCUCUCUCUUUCUCUCUGUCUAUCCUGGGUGAUUCCUCGUCUGUCUCGCUUGUACCUUCCCCGGUGACGGUGAUAACAGCGGAGGAUACACGACGAGUCGUCCGAUACGACGUUACCGGUACUCCACUUCAACUAGACAGAGGCGCGCCGACCCCCAGGACUAACUAACUCGGAAGAGGAAGAGUGCCCACGCGAAACCAAUUAACGCUCUCAGCAAACAGCCGUCACCCGUGGUCACCCGUCACCUACGCGACCGUGGUAACCGUUGCCCGCUGAAGGGACCCGAGGAUCAUUUCAAGUGUCUUCCUCGUCGCGAAAAGUGUACGAUCGCAGCGCGAAUCCGGCAGCAGUUACAGUCUAAAUCCGGUGUGAGAAAAGUUGUGAAAGAGCCGUCGAGGGAAUUCUCUCUCUAAAACAAAUCCAUAACCAGGAUCGAUGAUCUGCGUCUCUCCGAAAGCACCUUAGUCCGUUGUGGUAAAAACGAAUCGUGAAAAAUCACACGGCGAAUCCUUCAACCCUACACCGUUGACGUUUUGUGACUACAGCGAAUACAGUGAAUACAGCAAGAUCCACGGAAGUGUGGUGAAUUUGUUGUAUUCGUGUUACGCAUAAAACGUCGCACGGAACAACAACAGGUACACGCGCGUGAGUGCUCAACAACCCUGAACAACCCGUGUAUCCGCCGCUCGCAGCCGGUCGAUCAGAUCGGCUCCGAUCGAGACACUUGUUUCUCUCCCGCGCCGAGGAAGAGCAACGCGCGCCGACCGCACGGCACUCGGUACACUCCACCAGUGGUACUGGGUGACCCUGCAAGUUUUUCCAUCUACCCAGUGGUCAUCGUAAGGUGUACACGACGGCGGUCACCACGUAUAUCACGCCGCUCAUCACCCCCGAGAAGAUGGUGACAAGGACAAAGAAGAUCUUCGUCGGGGGAUUAUCGGCGCCGACGACGCUGGAGGACGUCAAAAACUAUUUCGAACAAUUCGGUCCGAUCGAAGAUGCUAUGCUGAUGUUCGACAAGCAAACUAACAGGCAUAGAGGCUUUGGAUUUGUCACGUUUCAAAGCGAGGAUGUCGUCGACAAAGUCUGCGAGAUCCAUUUCCACGAAAUUAACAACAAAAUGGUCGAAUGCAAGAAGGCACAGCCAAAGGAAGUGAUGCUUCCAGCGAAUCUGGCGAAGACGCGAGCGGCCAGCAGAGGCGCAUACGAUUUUAUGUGGUCUCUGGGAGCAUUACCUGAUGGUUUCCCAGCGGCAGCGUACGCGGCAUACGCGGCGGGCCGCGGCUAUUCUGGGUACCCUAGUUUCGGAUUACCCUACCCGACAGGAGUGCCGGCGGUGUACUACCACGGAACAGGAAGUGAGAAUGCAGGCCGCGUGUAUACAGAGGCGCCGAUGCAACACGUCCAACGCAAUGCACUCCGAAAGAAAUUGGAUCUAACCAAUGGACAACUCACCCCAAACAACAACACGCCCUUACUUACACAAGCACUUUCUGUGAUGAACAACUACCAGGCGGCCGCAGCGCAGGCCGGGUUCCCGCCGGCGUCGCCGCACGCGGCCGGCGGCCACGGUGGGCCGCAGGGUCGGUCUUUCCCGGCGGCCAAUUCACCGGGCCCGAUUGACAUGUACAGCUCGAGCGCCGCCGCCGCAGCAGCAGCCGCAGCCGCGGAUUCCGCAGUCGCAAGCUACGUCCAGGCCGCAGCUAGCCCGCAGCCCCCCACGACCGCGUUCCCCGCGAUCGCCGUAUCCCGUGCCCCGCUCAACUACAGUCCCGGUCCUCUAAUACCAGCGGCGUUCACUAAUGGCUACCAUUGAGCCUUGUUAAGACCUAAUAACAGGAUGGACGAGACGGCAGAACGCAGCACGGUCGCCUGAUAUAAUAAGCAACACGGACGAUUUGAGGCAGCUAAACAGUGGACGAUCUCUGGACGAAAAAAAAUAACACGCCUACUGUAUAGAUACAAAGAUAUAAAUAAUGAUCAAAAGUUGCAAUAUAUUCAAAAACGGAUAAUGUCGAACAGAAGGCAACUAUUAAAUAAGAUUCAAUCGAUGCAACUUCGAAAUCCGGAUUGUAAAUAACCGGAUGUAAUAUUACGCGAAUAUGCAAUAAUGCAUUAAGAAAGAAUUUAGAGCAUUAGUCGAAUCCAGUUGGAUGCAACUAUAGAUAGAGAGAAGAAAAUUAAUCCUGUUGAUGAGUAAAGGGAAAAAAAAAACUGACGCGCAACGGGGAAGACGUCCAGAGUAGGCUAGAGGAAAAAAGACGAGAAAAGCGACAGGAAGACCGACCGUCAGACAGAAACUGGAAGAGGUAACAACGCGCGCUGCAAUAGGCUAAUUAUGGCCGAAACUGCGUAUUGACGCCAGCCCGUUCUCCGACAUUAA